CUGCAUGGUUCAGACUGCAUUGACUGGACAAUGUGCCGGGUUCUGAACAUCUUAUUGGCUCUUCUGAGUCGCUUCCUGUUCGCGGUGCAUGGCGUCCUGACGGUGUGGCGUGUGGUGGAGGUGACAGGUGAGCCCUCCUAUUGGCUGCUGCUGACGGGUGUGGCACUGCUCGGGGUCGAGAUGGCAGUCACAAUCAAAUACACACGUAAUGCGGAAUGGAAAUGGUUUUCACCUAUGGUGUUUCUCUAUCUGAGUACUGUGAUUCCAUCAGUCUGGUUCCUGGAACUGAACCUCCUACAGUCCAAUCUGCCCAUCAACUCGAGCACAAACUCUGACCCGCAAUUCUUCUCUCAGAUCCCGCUAACAAUGGGGUUGGCGGAACUUGAUCCUGAGAACUGGGUGGAGGCUCUGGAGCAGACCAUGUUGAUUGUUUUGGUUCUGGGCCGCUGGCUGAUGCCGAAGGGUGACAUGUCACGUGACCAGCUAUCCCAACUCCUCAUGGUUUACGUGGGGCUUGGAGCUGAUAUCCUGGACAUCUUUGACACUUUUAAGGAGCCACAAGUGAAAACCAAGAAGGCUGUGAUCAUUGUUGGGCUAAGUUUGUUCUCCUGGGCCUUGAUGCAGUUUCCUCUUGUUCUUACCCAGACCAGCCAUCCCAAGGCCCAGGAGGAAAAUCAGCCAGAGGCCGCCCAGCAUGGCAGAGCUGGCUGGACCGUUUCCUGCUGCUCUAGUGAAGUCUGGAGCCUUCUCCUAACAGUGGGUAUGCAGGAUGGACCUUUCCUAAUUUACCGUCUGUACCUCAUGAUACGUGAGAAUGUUCUCAACCAACUGAUGAUCUUCUUCACAUGCAAGAACAUCCUCAUUGUUUUGCUGGAGGUCUACAGGAUUUGUGUUGUCCACUUUGAGCGGAGCAAUCCAGGGGGCAGAAGUCAGUCAUGUGACCCAUCUCAUGGACACUCAGAAUGGACUGAUGGAGAGGCUAUAGAACCCAGAUGUCAGGAAUAGAUUAGA